AUGCUUGCAAACUUGCAGAACGCGUUGGUUAGUGUUCUCUAGUAAAAUAACCAUUGACUUGCAACCUUGUAGAAGACCUUCAGAUAAAUUUUUACACGCUCCUUGCCUUGCCUCCUAUAUAUGAGUUCACUCAUUGAGUAGCCGUCUGCAACAAACAAAUUGAGAGAACUUAUUUGCAUAAUGGAUACUUUGUAUUCAAACUUAUUCAACCCUCCCUAUAUUUCUCACUUUUUGCUCCUUUUGUUUUUGGCAUCUUCAUAUCUGCACACUAGCAGUCACUUCUGUUUCUGUUUGGUUGAUGGAGUUCCAAGCACUGGUACUGUGAGAUCAUGCAUCGAGGAAGAGAGAAGUGCGCUUCUCAGUUUUAAACAGGAUCUCAAGGAUCCCUCUGGAAGGCUUUCUUCUUGGGCGGGUCGCGAUUGCUGUCAAUGGCGAGGGAUUUCGUGCAACAACCGCACCGGUCAUGUGGCAAAGGCGAAUCUCCGGAAUCAAUAUCCAUAUGUCUUGUAUGAUGAAGAGUGGGACGAGUUGGCUUAUAACCAGUCUUGCUUGGGGGGUAAGAUAAAUCCUUCUUUGCUUAGCUUGAAAUAUUUAAACUAUCUGGAUCUAAGCUACAAUGAUUUUGAUGGGAUUCACAUUCCUAAGUUCUUUGGGGAGCUUAAGAGUCUGAGGUAUCUCAAUAUAUCCUCUACAUCAUUUUCAGGAGAGAUUCCCCAUUCUCUAGGUAACUUAUCAGAAUUGAACUAUCUUGAUCUCGGCUUUUCUUAUAGUAUCUCAUUAUAUUCCACAAACUUGAAUUGGCUUUCUCAUCUCUCUUCCCUAAAAUACCUCAAUCUCAAUGGAGUGAAUCUUAGCAGCACAGGAGUUACAAAUUGGCAGCAUCAUCUUAACAUGCUUCCUUCCUUACUGGAGUUACACUUAUCUAAUUGCUUCAUUGAAAGCCUUCCACUAUCAGUACAGAAGAUUAACUUCACCUCUCUUUCGGUCCUUGAUCUGUCAUCUAAUUACUUCAAUACUUCUUCAUUUCCCAGCUGGCUUUUCAAUCUUACCAACCUCAGAAAACUUGAUUUAAGCUGGAAUUCUUUCGGUGGUUCUUUUCUCAGAGUCAUUGGAAGUAUGCGCAAACUGAAGUUUUUAAGUCUUCAUGACAACAAUUUUAUUGGUGAGAAAAUUGAAGAGUUUUUGAGGAGUUUGUCAAAUUAUCCAAAUCAUACAAUAGCAUUAGAAUCACUAGAUUUGUCAUAUUGUGGGCUCGAAGGCCAACUGCCGGACUCCAUAGGAAACUUGUCAUCCUUGAAAACAUUGGACCUAUCUAGUAAUAAUAUGAACGGCUCCAUUCCAGAAAGUUUAGGAAAACUCUCUGAACUUGUUGAACUAGAUCUUUCUUCGAAUUCAUGGGAAGGCAUUCUAAAGGAAGCCCAUUUUAUAAAUCUCACCAGAUUAAAAGCUCUUUCAAUAUCGACGGAUCCAAUAGAGAAGCCCAUGUCGCUCAACAUGGCUUAUGAUUGGGUUGCCCCUUUCAAGCUCCACAAACUUGGCAUUAGAUACUGCAGAGUGGGUCCUGGUUUUUGGAAAUUGAUUCAAUCUCAGACUGAACUAUUAUAUGUCACCCUUCAGAAUACUUCCAUCUCGAAUUCCAUACCAAAGGAAUGGUUGUCGAAGAUAUCUUCCCAAGUCCAACAUUUGGAUUUAUCUUACAACAACUUCAGUGGAAGACUUUCAUUACAAUUGAAGUUUCCAAAGCUACAGGAUAUCAGUUUGGAUCAUAAUCAAUUGGAAGGCCCACUUCCACUUUGGCUCCCUAAUGUCUACAACGUUGAUUUUCAAAGCAAUUUAUUUUCCGGGCCAAUUCCCUCUAAUUUAGACCAAUUGAUGCCCAAAUUGAUAUAUCUGGAUGUUUCUGAGAAUCGUUUAAAUGGUACUAUUCCACUCUCUAUUUGCAACAUGAAGGAUUUGACAGUAAUUUCGCUAAGAAACAAUCAACUAUUUGGAGAGUUCCCUCAAUGGUGGAGUUUGUGGAGUACAAUAAGCAUUAUUGAUGUCUCACACAACAAUCUUUCUGGUAAUAUUCCGAGUUCAAUGGGUAUCCCAAGUUCUCUUGAAAUAUUUAAGGUGAAUAAUAAUAAUUUUAGUGGUGAGAUUCCUUUGUCCUUACAAAAUUGCACUUCUUUGCUCAUACUUAAUCUUGGAGGCAACAAAUUCAUUGGAAACCUACCUUUAUGGAUUGGAUCAAACGUAUCCACCUUGGAAGUGUUAACACUGCAAUCCAACCUUUUAAGCGGGCAUAUCCCCCACCAUUUCUGCAAUCUUCCACACCUUCACGUCUUAGACCUUGCUCACAACAACUUUUCAGGUACCAUUCCUAAGUGUUUGAAAAAUAUGACUUGUCUAGUCGAAGUUAAUGAUGCAUGCCAGAAUGUCUCCUGGUAUGCGGGAUAUCUUGGAAAAAGUGCAAUAACGUUAAAAGGGAAAGAGCUCGAAUAUGAUGAUGGAAACUUAGCCUUGUGGGGAAAUUUGAUUGAUCUUUCGUCAAACAAUUUUGAAGGUGAAAUCCCUGAACAAGUAGGCAGUCUGGUUGAAUUGAGUACGUUGAACUUGUCGAUGAAUCAAUUAACUGGAGAGAUUCCUUCAAGCAUCGGAAAAUUACGUUGGCUUGAAACUCUUGAUCUCUCACACAACCAGCUUUCAGGACAUAUCCCUCAAAACUUUUCUUCUUUAACCUCCCUAUCUCACUUGAACUUAUCUUACAACAACUUGAUUGGAAAUAUACCUUCGGGAAACCAACUCCAAACCCUCGAUGAUCCAUCUAUUUAUGAAGACAAUCCGUUAUUGUGUGGGCCUCCUCUUUCAACUGUUUGCCCUGGAGAUGAUACACGUUCAAGGCAGACUUUUACUUCAGAAGAUCACAGUAAAGAUGAAAACGAAAUGUUUUGGUUUUAUGUUGGCAUGGCACUUGGUUUCAUUAUAGGCUUUUGGGCUGUUUGUGGAACGUUGGUCCUAAAGAAGUCGUGGAGGUAUGCAUAUUUUAAAUUCUUUGACAACGUGAAAGAGAAAGUAGCCUUAAUAAUUGCAUUGAAAGUAGCUCGUUGGCAAGGGAGAUUAUGAUACGAAGAGAAAAUAAAAAUCUGCAUGUGUGUUUUGGUGGGCUACUCGUCCGACUGUUGCUGCUGAAGCUUACUUUUGAAACUUGUCUUAGCUUUUAAAUUGUUACUUUUGCUAGUUUUUUAUUUGGUUUGGCUUGUUUUGUAUUAGUGUGCUUUCCUCACUUUGUGUUUUGAAGUCUCUCACGAGGGGCUUUGGGUCUUUUUGUCCAUUUCAGGUGUUAUUCUUUUAUUUCUUCAAUAAAUUUCUCUCAUAUUGUCGAGAUUGUCAAAACAAAG